UCCUGCAUUGCAGGCAGAUUCUUUUACCAUCUGAGCCACCAGGGAAGCCCCUUUCAUCUUGGGGAAGGGGUGGGGAUUUUCAGGAAUUGGACCACUGCCCACUUUUUGACCAUUAAUGUUCAUAACCAUUGUGGCAGCUGGGUUGUGCUACAAUGAGCUAUACUGAGGAUCAAGGGCAAGUGCAAGUUGAGUCCACCAUCCUGGACCUGGUUGUUUCUAAUCAGUUUAUGUCAUGUCCUUCUUUUAAAGGUUGUGCCUUGCCUCUUUCCUGUCUCAGUAAUUCUUAUAUAUGUAAAGAAAGAAUGUUUAAAAAUGUAUAUCUCAAAGCUUUCCAGCUCAGAUAGACUCCCACAUCUUAAUAACACUCUUAGUUACAUGGCUUCUGCAAUUUCUCAUUUUAAAUUUUUAAAGUGAAAACAAUCUUUUCAUUCAAUUUAUGGUACUGAUCUCAACUUUUGGAGAGGAAACCCUUUAGAGAUGAUACUGCUUCCUUUUAGUCACUCCUUUUAAUUUCUAAACACAACCCAGAGAAAAGUCUUCUAAAUUUCCUUCUUCCCCAAGAGAAGGAAAACAAAAAAACAAAAAACCUACAUUUUACACUAUUUGCGUUACUCACAUUGUCCCUCUAGGGACAUCCAGAUCCAACUACCCAGCCCUCACUCUUACUUCUCAAAUGUGAUUUUGACCUGAUGUCUUCAGAGAUGGUUUGACUUAAGAUUGGAAUACCAGUCACAUCCCCAAAAGGACUUCCCUUUACUUUCUGAGUAGAUUCCUGAUCUCCACUUGUCUAACAUAACACCUGAGUGAUGAUUGAUAGAGGUGGAUACUUUUAUUUUGCUUCCUUUGGGAACAACACUACUGUCUUCAUAAAGCAAUUUUAAUUCUGGGACAUUUCGAUAAUUUUUUUAUGGCUGAAGAUCCCCAAACAACAGUACUUCAAAGUUUUGUUUUUUCUGUCACAAAAGGAUAACCCCUUUCCUGUCUCACACCCAGGCCUAUUACUAUUAAUAUUAGUAAAGCCAAAUCAAUAUUUGUGGGUGAAUCAAGAAAUCCAAUACCCCUCCCUCAUUCUUUAUCCUGCCUGAAUGAAAUCUGAUUCAAUCAGUUCCUCUGAAGGUAACAAAGACCCAAUCAGGAUUAACCCAAUAGACAGUCUGAAAUCUAAUCAGGUAUCACUUUCUGAUUGGCAGUUAGUUGUUGGAAAGAAGGAAGAUGUGAUUAGAAAGGUCUAUAUAAGCCUUAGACACCAACGAGAUGCAGAAUCUUCAGGGUUCCAGAGUCACCACCAGGAUUCUCAAGUCUGAGGUGUGAGCAGCCUGCCAACCACAACAGAGCUGCAGAGUCAGAUCAGAAUGAGUCUUUGGGCCCCACCCAGACUCCUGGACCUGGCAGCUAAGAGCCUGCUAAGGAAUGAGGACUUGGCCAUGAGUUCUUUGGAGUUUCUGCCCAUCGAGCUCUUCCCCCUACUCUUCAUGGAAGCCUUCUAUGGGAGUCACAGUAAGACCCUGAAGACCAUGGUGUAUUCCUGGCCAUUCGUCCGCCUGCCUCUGGGGGGCCUGAUGGAGCUGCCUCAUCUGAUAACCUUACAAGCAGUACUGGAUGGACUUGAUGUCCUGCUUUCCCAGAAGGAGCGCCCCAGGAGGUGCAAACUGCAGGUGUUGGAUUUAAGGAAUACUGGCCAGAACUUCUGGAGCAUGUGGUCUGGAUACAUGGACCACAUAUACUCAAGCUCACUGACGGCACCAGUUCCUGAGGACAGGUCAAGGACAGAGCAGCCCUUGGCUCCCUUGGAGGUGUUCAUAGAGAUGAACCUCAAGGAAUGGGCCAUGGAUGAGUUCCUCACCUACCUCAUGAGGUGGGCAAAACAGAGAAAAGAUUCCAUACACCUCUGCUGUAAGAAGCUGAAGAUCUUUGGAAUGCCUGUGGAAAAUAUUAUGAAGGUCCUGAGUAUGGUGCAGCUGGACUGUAUCCAGGAUGUAGAAGUCAACCAGAACUGGCAUCUGUCCAGCCUGGCCACAUUCGCUCCUCUCCUGGGCCAAAUGAGUAACGUGCAGAGACUCAUACUUUCUGCCUCUGAAGAGCAGGAACAGCAUGUUGUUGUCCAGUUUACCUCUCAGUUCCUCAAGCUGCACCACCUCCGGGAUCUCAUUCUGGAAUCUCCCUUCUUCCUGUCAGGGCGCCUGGACCAGAUGCUCAGGUGUCUGAUGAGCCCCUUGGAUAACCUCACGAUAACUCACUGCCUCCUUACAGACUCAGACUUGACCCACCUGUCCCAGUGCCCAAGAAUCAGUCAGCUAAAAGGCCUGGAUCUGAGUGGUAUCACCCUGGCUGACUUUAGUCCUGAGCUCCUUCAGGUUCUGCUGGAGCGAGUUGCAGAUACCCUCCAGGUAUUGGACUUAAAUCAGUGUGAGAUCAUGGACUCCCAAAUCGAGGCCAUCCUGCCUGCCCUGAGCCACUGCUCCCAGCUCAGGUCCAUCAGCAUGUGUGGGAACCUCCUCUCCAUGGCUGCUAUGGAGAAGCUGCUGCGUCACACCUCAGGGCUGCCCAGGUUAAGUCAAGAGUUUUACCCAGCCCCUCUGGAGAGUAACAGCUCUCAGGCAGUUCUUUUAGAAGAGAGACUUGCCCAGCUUUGAGCUGAACUUAUGGAGAUUCUGAGAGACUUGGGACAUCCCAGGACCAUCUGGCUUAACUCCAUCUUCUUUGCUUCCUAUGACUACGACAAAUACUCUCAUUUAGAAAUUAUUGAAUACAUCCCUGCCUAGUUGGGUGCACCUAUCAAAAGCUUUCUUCUGGGCACUUGGAAGUUGAAAUCUAUGUCACAGGUACAUCAUAAAGGGAAACCAGACCCAUGGUUUCAGACAUCUGCUCGUGUGAAUGAGAAAAGGAAAAGUGAGCCAGUGAAGGUGCAGAAGGAAAAUGUUGACCUGGAGAGCUAAUGUGACUUUCAGGAACAUGUGUCCCACAGAGUUAUAAAUGUGAACCUAAAUGACUUUAGAGGGAUUUCAGCUUGAGAAGCAUAAGUUAAAGUUAUCUCUGGUGGAUGAUUGUAAAGAAAUGGUCAGAAAUAAAAAGACCCCUAGUGUAAACCUA